AUGAAUUUUGAGAUAAAAACCAAUCAAAGUAGAGAGCUUGCCGAGAUAAUUUAUGAUGAGCAAGGAGUUUUUGCCAUUAUGGAUGGCCAUAUUACUGAUUGUGAUUAGAUAAUUACAUUUGUUAGAGACUAUUUUUAAUGUAUAGAGAAUAUUUAAUAGUAAAUUAGAGCAUGCAAUAAAGGACUUUAAUAAUUUGAUUUUAUCUAACUAUUUGCUAAUGCUCAUUCUAAUGUUACUUCUCAUUCUCAUUUUGCUUCUCUUAUGUUUGGUACAACUGCUAAUUUGAUUUCUGCUUGGGGGAGAUCCAAGAACAAUUUUAUGUCCCAAAUAAUAGGAUAAAUUAAUUACUACAGAAUUGUCCUUCGAUCACAAACUACAUCUACUGGAGGAAAAGAAAAGUAUAGAACAUUAAGGGGGAUCUGUUAAUACUUAUAAAUUAUCGAAUGGCUAAUCUGUAGGGCCAUCUAGAGUUAUAUUAAAGGUGCCAAAUUUCCAGGUUUGGCAAUAUUCGGAAUUAUAGGAGAUUAAUUAGCUGAGUCGGUUGGAUUUUCUCAUGUUCCAGGGAUAUUUAAUUAUUUAUUUGAGAUAUCAAUUAGCAUUAGAUAACGAGGGAUGAUUUGA